CAUACUUUUUAAAGCAAGCACUUCUUGAUCAUCAUCAUCAUCAAGAUCUUAUCCAUAGUUUUUCCUUUCCUUUUCGAAUCAUUCAUUCAUUCAUAUAUCGACGACCAUUUACCAUCAUCAUCAUCUUGAACGAUAUUCGCUUUAUUGAACAUUAUCUAAGUCUUCAAUAUCAACGAUCUUUCUACAAGUUUCGAGUGUUCCCGAGUGAAACAAAAAAAAAUCAACAAGCCAUAAUGAAUAUAGGUCCAUCUACCUCUUCCCCACCACCACCACCACCUCCGAUAUCAUCAUCAUCAUCAUCUAACGCAACAAUUUCUUCUCAUCAUCAUCAUCAUCAUCCUCAUCAAUAUGGUUCGAACGCUACAGAAAUGUCUCGAUCAACAUUUCCAAACACAGCUUAUUAUGAUCCAUUCUAUGCUAAUACGGCAACAUCACCUUGGAGUUCAUAUCCAACACCAGUAUCAUAUUCAACAUCAACAUCACAUAAUGUUGUUACAGCGGCAGCAGCAGCAGCAGCAGCUGCCGCUAAUAAUUGUAUUCUUGGUUCAAAUGGAUCAAAACAUAGUUUAGUUAAUCAACAUUUUACUACCGUACAUCAUCAUCAUCAUACGCAAAGACGAAAACGUCGUGUUUUAUUUACCCAAGCACAGGUAUAUGAAUUGGAAAGACGAUUUAAACAACAACGUUAUUUAUCAGCACCUGAACGUGAACAUUUAGCACAAUUAAUUCAGCUAACACCUACACAGGUAAAAAUUUGGUUUCAGAAUCAUCGUUAUAAAUGUAAACGACAAGCAAAAGAAAAAUCAAUGAGUGAAAGUUCACCAACAACAAGUUUAACACCAAAUACCAUACCAUCACCACCAUUAUCAUCAAAUAAUGAUGAUGAUCAUCAACCGCAUUCACAUACACAUCCCCAUCAUAAUCAUCAUCUUUCACAUCAUAUGAAUUUGACAGCCAAUGUUAAUAAUAAUAACAGUACGACAUCGGUAAAUACAAAUUCAACUACAUCAUCAUCAUCACCAUAUUGUAUUGAAUCAACACAAUUAACAGCAACAACAACAACAACAACAGCUACAGCGAUAGCAACUUCACCACGUAAGGUAGCAGUUCCGGUACUUAUCAAAGAUAAUAAACCGACCAUUCUUCAAAUGGAUGCUCGUGAUGCUACAUAUCCAACUGUACCUGGUCAAAUGCAUCCUCAUCAUCAUCAUCCACAUCAUCCACAUAGUGCAAGCAGUAUGUUAUUUGGUACACAGAAUUCAACAUUAACUGGUCAACCACAUGUACAUCAUUAUCAUCAUUUGACUGGUAAUCAUCCUCAUCAUCAUCAUCCACAUCAUCCACAUCAUCAUCCAUCAUCAAUGGCAUUUACAUCAAAUCCAUUCGGUACAACAAAUGGUUUUACAAUUGGACCACCAUCAACAAAUCCGGUAAUGGCUACUGGUCAACCACCACCGCCACCACCACCAUCUAUAAAUCCACAUCAUCCACAUCAUCAUCAUCAACCAACAUCAGCAACCGAUAUGGCUGCUGCUGCUCAUCAUCAUCCUCAUCAUGAUUUUCUAUUGCGAACUUCACAUUGGUGAUGACAAAUUUCAAAAUUUAAGUUAAUUGAAUUAAAUGUAGCCCAAAAACCAAAAAAAAUGACCGAACAAGU